AAAAGAACUGUUUUAGAGGCAUGAGAUGGUUAGUUUUAGUUACACAUUUAAACCGGCAUAAUAUUUAUUAAAAGGUGAGAAAGUGUCCGAUUAAUCACAACGUUUAUUUUCAAUCUCUUACGCACAAACGGAGUUUUGUUUGGAAAUUAUUUGAGUUAUUAUUUGAGUUUAAUUUUAAUAAUAAGAAGAACAACAACUAUAUAUUCAAGUGAGAAAUUAAAUACUUUGUAAAGGAAACUUGAAGACUGCACACAAUGUUACACCAAUCAUCCAACGUAAAUCGUUUCAAGAAACGUGAAAGAACUCAAAACUGGGCAUACGAAGAGAAACGUUACCUGUUGGACUUAUGCAAGAAGGACAUGAGCAUUAUCGAAAACAAACGCCUUGACGCCGAUCUAACCGCACUGAAGAAUCGAGCAUGGAAAAUCAUUCACCAAGAAUUCACAAAAUCUUUCGGGAAUGAGAGAAAUUGUAACCGAUUGAAGGAACAGUGGCGACGAAUGAAAGCAUGCACAAGAGCCGAAAUAAUGGACUACCAUCAUAGACUGUCGCGAUACGGUCAAGAAAUUGCCGAUAAAAAGCGACCCAAUCCGUUUACGUUUGAAAUAUGGGAUUUUAUGCAAGAGGCCAAGAAAACGUGUCGCAGCGAGGCUAUGGAAGGUGUAGACUAUUCGAAAGUUCAACUUGCCCUUGAGGACGGUGUACCGGAUGGUGUAUCAUUCGAUUCCGAUGAUGACAAUAACGACUGGCCUAAAGUGUCCCAGAACAUGUGCGAAGUAGAAAUAAAAGACGAAACAUCCGACAGUGACGAUGGUCCCAGCAAUUCAAAACGGCCCUACUUAGAUGAUUCAGCCAAUUUAAACGGUUCGGCUGCUCUCAACGACGACGACACACCCUCAUUAUCAAUAAACAAUGUGGCCGCAACGCUGGACACAUUAAAAAUGCUUAAAAAUGGACAGUUCGCCAACGUGUCAACCGCCAAUGGAGAAGACCAUUCGUAUGAUUAUGGCUACACGAAAAUUCUGGAAAUGCAAACUCGCGAGCAUGCAGUGCGAAUGGAAAUUCUGCAGGUGCAGCUGCAAACGGCAAAAUUUAAUCGCGACGCAGCAGAAUUGAACAAAAUGAUUGCGUUGAAAAAUGUGAAUGGACUGAACGCGGUGAACGGUACAAAUAAUGGACAGAUUUAGUUCGAUAUGUCGUGUUAUUCCGGACGUGUCAUUGUAUUCAAGUAGAAGAGGCUUUGUCAGGAUAUUAUAAAUACUCAUUAUACCUAUACGUUACGGGUGUUACUUAAUUCAAUAAAUUGUAGCUGAACAAAAUAAACCACCAACCAAUAAUCGAUUACA